AUGAGCACAUUGGCCACCAUCCCUUACAAGGAUCGUAAAGACCGAAAUAUGAAGCGCACGGCUGGAACUUGCGAGUGGUUCACGCGCCAUCACAUCUUCCGAGCAUGGCAGACACGCGAGGCGCCAUCACCCUUGCUCUGGGUUUCGGCAUACCCAGGAUGUGGCAAAUCAGUACUACUGCGAUACUUGGUCGACGACUACCUAAAGCAUCCAGAUCGCACUGUCUGCUACUAUUUCUUCAAAGACGACUUCGAGGAUCAGAAGUCGGUCACACACGCGUUGCGAUGCAUCAUUCACCAAGUCCUCAAGCAACAGCCAGAACUGCUUACCAGCGAGAUACUGGGUGAAUUCGCGAGGGAUGCCCAGCUCUUGGACUCCCUUGUUGGUCUAUGGGAUAUUUUCCUGCAGAUAUGCCAAAGCCAGUCCUCGAGAGAAAUCUUCUGCGUGUUCGACGCUCUGGAUGAAUGUUACAGCUCCCAGCUCCAGCAAUUCGUCGAGACUCUUGUACGCUGGAGCGAAAAUUCUGGAGCCAAAGGCAGAAUUCGGAUCCUUGUGACGAGCCGACUCUAUGCUGAUGUCAAGCGCGGGUUGAGUGAGCUCGGACCAGAAAUCCAUCUCAGCGGCGAAGGUGAUAAGGAGAUGGGCGAGAUUUCAAGGGAAAUCAACCUGGUCCUCGCUGCGAAGGUGGAAGACGUUGUCAAGCGCCUAGAUCUUUCCAAAAGUCAGGAAGAUAUUCUCAAGCAGGAACUAUCACGAGUGCCCAACAAAACAUAUCUCUGGGCACAUCUGGUCAUCGAUCACAUCAAGACCAGUUUUUUUGACUGCGAUGACGAGUCUCUUCGGCAAGCGGUGCGUACGUUGCAAAAAAGCGUCGACGAGUCAUACGAGAGGAUCCUCAGUCGCAGCGGUGAGCGAGAGAAGGUUAAGAAGUUGUUGUCCAUCAUAAUAGCGGCAAAGAGGCCGCUAACUGUUCGCACACUCGCCGAGGCGUGGGCUGUCAAGCCUGGUCAGCGUCUAUCCUCCGAGCUAACUAUCGCUUCUGAUAGCCGUUAUGUCAGUAUGCUGCAUGACCUUUGUGGACUUAUGGUCAUUGCUGUUGGCGAGAGGGUAUAUCUCCUCCACCAGACAGUCAGAGAGUUCCUUUUGGCGAGCUCUUAUACACCCCUCCCGGUUGGCAAUUCUCCAGACAUCAUAUGGAAAGGAUCCAUCGACGAGGACGAAGCAGACUCAAUCAUGGCUACCAUUUGUUCAGUAUUCUUGCUUCUCCAAGACCUACCAGAGAUUCAAAAUGGUAGUCUAUACGACAAUGUAGCACCAAGAAGCUCGGCCGGAGUCAACAGAGACAGUCACUUAGCCACCUACGCAGCCCGUUUCUGGGUCGCACAUGUGCGAGGCGCAGGGGAUAUGGCUAGGGAAGAGCUUUUACUCCUGGCGACGCAACUUUGCGAUCCGUCGCUAUGCAGUUUUCAGAGGUGGUCACAGGUGUACUUCCCACUAGUGUUUGGAUUGGACUGCGCUCCAGAAGAUGUCUCGAGCUUGAUAGUCGCCGUCUCUCUCAACCUGCCCAAGGUUGUAGAUCUGCUGCUGAAGGCCGAGUUCAUCGAUUUGGAGUUCAAGGACAGUACG